GGGGCUGGAGGAGGCGCGGCGGGCGCUGGCGGAGGCGCGGCGGGAGAAGGGAAUGCUCCGGGAGCAGCUCCGGGAACAGCGGGAGCUGGGAAUGCUGCGGGAACCGGGAAUGCCGAAGGAACCGGGAAUGCCGAAAGAACCGGGAAUGCUGCGGGAGCAGCUCCAGGAGCCGGGAAUGCCGAAAGAGCCGGGAAUGCCACCGGAACCGGGAAUGCCACCGGAGCCCUCCGAGGACCCACAGGACGAGGAGCGGGAGCCUCCCGGCCGGGCUGGAUCCCCGCAAAUCCCCGCGGGCUCGGCCGAGCGGGAGCUGGAGGAGGCUCGGAAGCGCAUCCAGGUGCUGCGGGCGCAGCUCUCGGUGCUGGAGCUCCGGGCCCGGCCGGUUCCCCGGGGAGCGGAUCCGAUCGCGCUGCUCAAGGAGCAGGAGCUGCAGCGCCAUCCCAGCGGGAUUUAG